ACCGCUGUUCCCGCUUCCAUUUCACGCUCGGAUCUCUUUAAUUGCAUUCCAGAGGGACUCUGCGUGCGGCAGCUGGCUUUCGGACAUAAGGGAUCCGCCGGGAAGUGUGGACGAGCGCUUAAAGUGGAGAUAGGGAAUCGAGGGAAAAGAACAAAAGGGGAAAUCUAGCAGUGGAUGGCAAGCGGAGCUUGAUGAGUCCUCUUUGCCUUUUAUUGUGUCAGAGAUGGUGUAUUUUCCUCACGCUCGCCACCCUUUUUCUGAAACAGUCAAGCUGUCAGUGGCCGCGUAUUAACAUGCCGCAUGUGUAAAUAAAGCUCUUUGCUCUCAUAGGCCGGGCAUCAAGCCAGCAGUCGGACCCUGGAGGAGAAACGCUUUAAGAAGCAUCGCCUGACUAGAUCAACAAGUCUGACACGAGACAGCUCCUUUAAAAGGCAUCUAAUCUCUCACACACACACACACACAGAAAAAAAAAGCCGUGUGUAUGUUGGAGUUGGUGGGAAUAAGUGCGGUACUGAAACAGAUGAGAUCGCGAAGACGAGAGAGCGUACGUGGGUGUGCGUGCUGCUUUGGAAUUGUUUUCGCCCGGCUGUGCUUUCAGCCCCGUCCAUGCUUAGAGAAGCACACGUGCAUGUAGCAGUGUUUAUAUUUCUGUCAUCGGUGCUUUGGAUCAUGGGGCAGCUCUCUCGGCGUCUUCUGGUGUAGGCUUUCCUGUAGGAAUGCGACGGACCAGCUCACUGUAAAGUCUGACUGAAGAGAUUCAGUGCUCCGUCUCAGAUUGCAAGGAGAUAUCAUGCUGACUCUUUGCUGUGUUGUAUUUUGUUACGAAAUAAUUUGGAUCGGCUAGAAUGGCUGAAGGAAGAUUAAUGCUGAACUGACGGCAGCUGCCGGCCCCCUCAGUAGCACGUUUUUUUUUUUUUUAACUCUAAUUUGUUUUUAGUGCAAUCCUUUGUGUCGGCUAUGCUUUGCUAGUGAAGCAUAGCCUUCCUGAAUUAAGCUAUUGUUUGAGCUGAGAGUUCUCUCACGUUGCAGACAUUCAGCUCCUCUUGCACCCCCUGCAACUCCUAAAUCGAGCAAGUCCACCCCCUCCAUCCAUCUCUUCCUCCCCAGUCCUGCCAUCUGUCCCCGAAGAUCCUCCUACACACCUCCUCUGCUUUGGUCCUUAUGGUGGUGUGUAUAAAUGUGUGCGUAUCCCUCCACGCAUGUGAAGCUGUAGCUCCAAGCCUGGAGGAGAAAUCUGCGAUCAGCUGGAUAUCGCUGGAAUUGACGCUUAAACAGAAGACAAGGACAGUUUGCUUCUUAAGAAUUGUUCAGACCUGAGCAUGCUUACAUGAACCUUCCUGUGUGUGGCACACAAGGGAAAGGAGCGAGAACUGAAGCACCACUUUUGUUGAUACUAGCCAUGUGGGGAGUGUAAGUGUGCGGUUCGGGAGCCAGGAGGUGGGGGUGCGCUGCCAUGAAGAAGACACGCAGCACCACCCUACGCAGGGCCUGGCCCAGUUCGGAUUUCUCCGACCGGGCCUCGGAGCGCGCCCGUUCCCGCAGCGAGAAGGACUACCGACUCUACGAGCACUACCCGAAGCCCUUCAUUACCCACUCAAUCUCUCAUUCGCCCCGGAUAUACUUGCCUACAGGUGAUGUGUCUCCAAUCAGCAUGUCUCCUAUCAGUCAGUCCCAGUUUAUCCCGCUGGGGGACAUCCUGUGCCUGGCCAUCUCGGCCAUGAACUCCGCACGCAAGACCGUCACACAGGAGACACUCAUCGAGCAUCUCGCCACAUUCUUCCCAGGAGUUCCAACUCCAACCCUCGAGGUCCUGAGGCAUACCCUUAAUAUGCUGGUACGAGAGCGCAAGAUUUAUCCAACCCCAGAGGGCUACUUUAUUGUUACCCCACAGACAUACUUCAUCACACCCUCACUCAUUCACACCAAUAGCAAGUGGUAUCAUCUGGACGAGAGGAUACCUGGGAGUAUGCAGCCGUGCUCCUCUCCUCCCUCUGGCACCAUGACCCCCUCAGCUUCAGGCUGUGUCAGGGAACGAUCACACCAUAAAAACCAUACUGACCCCUACAGUGAUGGCUAUCGGGAGGAGAUGCCUAAUGCGCACAACUCCACGCUGCAGAGAAGGUCCAAGGAACAUAAGGAACCCCCACACCCAGUAUCUCCUCCACCUCAACAGUCCAUAGAGAAGAACAAAAGUGCACUCAGCUUCGCCUUCAAGACGGAAGGUAGCAACAGCAGGCAGAGGGAUGGGAGCAGUAGCGGUGGGGGCAGCGAGAAGCAAUCAAAGAAAUUUGGCCUGAAACUCUUCCGGCUAAGCUUCAAGAAAGACAAGUCGAAGCAUCUUGCUACAUUCUCUGCCCAGUUUCCUCCUGAAGAGUGGCCUCUGAGGGAUGAGGAGACACCUAGCACUGUCCCACGAGAUGUGGAGAUGGAGAUUAUCCGACGGAUCAACCCAGACCUGACAGUUGAGAAUCUGGCCCGGCAUACAGCCGUGAUGAAACGACUAGAGGAGGAGAAGGCUCAGAGAAGCAAAGCUAACUCGUCGGCUCAACAGAGCACUCGGAGCAAACGCAGCCGUAGUCACCGGAAGGUCCAACAGGGCAAAUCCUCACGAUCCCACAGCAAAACACGCGCUUCUAGAGGAGAGCGGUCUGAAGGCUCAAAUCUGGAUAUAUCCUAUGACCGGGAUUACAGAUUUUACAGCUCCUCUCUGGUGCGCUCUCCAAGAGAGACCAUGAUGUCCAUGGAGAGAAACAGGGGAAAGUACCUGGUGCAUAGCAACCCAAACAUCGUGGAGUCACACUUCACUACAGCACCAGAAUGGGAUGUGUCAGGAGAGCUAGCCAAGAGAAGGACAGAGAUGCCCUUUCCAGAACCCUCAAGGGCGCAAUCACAUUCCAAAGUCCAUCGCAGCCAUAGCCACACGCAGGAAAGGAAAUCACGGAACGAAAGAUCAGAUAAGGCUAAAGAGAGGUCACGAUCCAUGGACAAUUCGAAGGGCCCUCUAGGAGGACCAUUCUUAGGCACCAUUGACGACUUUGAGUGCAGCCCAGAUGAUCGGAAUAGGUACUACACUGAUGAUGGGACUUUGAGGGCAUCUGCCCAGAAGAGUCACUACUCUCGUACUAUGCACUCUGCUGCUAGGUUGAACUCUGACAUGUGUGUGCCUGAUGUUGGGAGGGGUGCCCCAGAGGAUGCCAUGCACUGUAGAACGCUGGAGAAGAGUAAAAGCAAAGACUGUUUAACAGCCUUUACUGACCUUAAGGCUUGCACCCUAAAAACACCUGUGGAUGACUAUUUCCAGCAUACUGCAGCGAAUGAGGUGUCGUACUCUGCUCCUUCUUCUCUGGUAAAGUCCAACCAUGAUUUUACAGAUAGUGUUUGGAAAGGAAUUCCUACUGAACAUACAGCCCAGAUUCUGACCUCACCUCACCCUGUAGAGUAUAAUGAUGAGUCCACAAUGGGCCCGAACAGUAUAACAUUAUCUGUGCCUAACCAGAUGCCAGAGCCUUUGAAUAAUGGACGCUUGAUGCACCAACACAACCCUGACUCAGGUGACUUGGACAAAAUAGCAGAGGUUUACAGCCAAGAUACUUUGUUUAAACCUGUGGACUAUGUGGAAAGCAGUUUCUCCAGGCCAGGUACAAUGCACAAAUCUCCACAUACAAAGUCCAUGGAGGUCCUGGAGAACCAGGAACAUUUUGAGGCUCCUCUCCCGUUGUCUGUACCAUCAUCCUCUGGUCAAGAGCAGGCCUCGUGCAUGGAAACCACCUUUGACUACUACAACGUAUCAGAUGAUGAGUCUGAGGACACCAGCCAUAAAAACAAAGUGGAGGAAAAAGUGUUGGAAGGCGGUGGGACGAUGAAGUGGCUUCUGGACCGGGAGAAGGAACGAGACCUCCAGCGCAAGUUUGAAAAGAACCUAACCUUUCUUAGUCCCAAAGAGGGCGAGAGCAGCAACAGCCAGAAGUCUGCCCACUCCACACGUCUGGACAGCAUGGACUCCAGCAGUGUGACUGUGGACAGUGGAUUUAAUUCCCCACGCACUCGCGAGAGCCUUGCUUCCAACACAUCAAGCAACGUGGACAAUAACCGGCGGCAGAACAUGGCUCUGAGUCCCAGACACAUGGGCGGCAAGAGACCCCCGCCUCCGUACCAUGUUCCUGCUUUCCGGCCCAUUCCCGAGCCACCCGCCACCCGUCCGGAGAAACAAGCCUCAAUUACCAGCGUCUAGACGAGGCACUGGAGCAUGGGGGAAAGGACGAGUCAUGAGACGGAUUAAAACACACACAUUAAAACAACAUUAUUUUUAGGUAUUGGUUGAAGAAAAACCCACUUCAUAAUGACUAACGCUGUUUGUUGUAUAAAACUUCUAUCAUGAUUUUGAUUUUCUAUUUGUCGAUCUAGGGAACUACGGGUCUCCGUAUUCUUUGCAGAUUUGCCUCGUUCUGUACCGUGUUCAGUAUUGGUUCUCUACUCUCAGGUCAAUCAUAGUUCCACACCUUGUUCCACGGAGAUGGACUUGUUUCUCACACAUGCACCUGCUCUAGAGACCCGUUUUCUCAGCGUCCUUUCAUGAUUCGGAUCCAGAAUUCAGAAACCGUGCUUAUCUGUUGGU